CCAUUUAUUUUAUUGCACAUCUUUGGUCAGACUAUCCGCAUAUUAUAACAUAAGCAUAACCUUUUUUUCGUUAUUUAUUAAUUAAAAAACUGUAUUAGAAUGCGUCUGACAAACAAAUUGUGCGCCCAACACAUUGGGUGGCAUUUCAAAAAGCAUUGGCUGGUGCAAGGUAAACGUGUGCCUCGUGAAACUGGUGCCGCUGCAGAGCUGCAGAGAUUGGGAGUGCAAGUUAAGUCUCCGGAAGAGAUUCUGGAGCCCAAGCGCGAACGAAAAGUGGUUAAUAUUAUCGGGUCAGCGUUAAAGCCAGUACUAGAGGAUCAUACUCACCCCAAUUGGCACUCUAAUCCCUGCCACUUAUUUUCCGACAACAAUGUGUUACUUGGGGGUAUACCUCAGGCCCAGGUGUUAACGAACUCGAUAGAGAUUCAAAACUUUCCACAACACAUUGAUGAUGCUAUUAAAAAUCAGCAGCUACCGAGUGUCCUGGACAAGAAUGUCCGUCAUGCCAUUCUGUCAUCCCAUGUGCUUGAUGCAGAGCAAGUGAAGUUGCCCAAAGUCAAGCUGGUUGAUCGGCCCGCUUUUAACUUGCCACGAGUUUAUGGUAUUUCGCAUGAAAGACGCAAUCGGCUUCUGCUAAACAAAUUAUUAUUUGAAAUUGAAAAGUUAGCGGGUCGAUCUGUCUCGGUACGCCGUAAACUGGUCGACAAUGCUGGCUUCAAAACAUCGAUUAGCAAGGAUGGUGAUCUACUUGGAUUCGAUACCAAAGCAGACAAACUUAUUUGCUCUACACGUGCUUUAAGUACCAUUAAGGGAAAAUUUGAUGGAGAUUUGCCUGAUCUUUACCCAAUGAAAUGCACAAUUUCUAUACCAAAGUGUCAAAUUUAUACUGAAGACAAUUUAUACCCAUUCCGGCCAGAUGUAAAUUGCUCGCAUCCUCAUACACUCUUUGCUUACUUUGAUAAACAUCUUACAAGGAAUUCACAUGGCUCUGAAGUGACAGAAAAUCAAUUUCAAGCGAGAACUAUGGUUAAGGCGUUUGCAUUAGCAGUGGCACGUGCUAAACAAUUGCACGGAAAUUCCACAGCUGGUGCCCUUACGAGACCCAUAGUGGUGCAAUCUAUUCAGACCGACGGCCGUGUUUUUCAUUUUGGCAUAUUCCAGUUGAAUACGCUUGACUUGAACUCCAGCAGUGCUACGAAAAACUAUUGGUUCCAUCGUCAGAGUACUGAGCUAUUUACAGAAUGCGGUUACCAAGCCGGCAGGCCACAUCUAGAGGGUUACAACGGUGAAACAAUUCGCAUUUUAAAUGCAUUUUAUCACAACUCUUAGAAAACAAAUGACAGCAAUAAAGUAAAUUUAUACCGAUAAUUAUAAAAAUUUUAAGUGUUAUUACAUUGCUAGUAAAAUCAAGUAUGUAAGUAAUAAAACGAAACUGUCAAUUGUUUAAAACAGAACACAUAUAAAACUCA